AGCACUGUGCUCUGAGACAUCGAACCUACCAAAAUUACAAGAGACGAAGAAGACGACGUCACAACAGUAAACAAGAGCAUGUCGCACAGACAGACUCAAGCAAGAGAAAUGAACGGCCAAGCGGACGUCGAAGUGGACUACAAGCGGAAAUACAAAAACCUCAAACGAAAAUUAAAAUUCCUUGUUUAUGAGCAGGAGUGUUUCCAGGAGGAGUUGAGGAGAGCACAGAGAAAACUACUGAAGGUUUCAAGGGACAAGAGCUUUCUACUGGACAGAUUACUACAAUAUGAGAGAGUAGAUGAAGACUCAACAGAUUCAGAUGCCACAGUUUCAUCUGAGAACAGUGAAGUUGAAGGACUCAGGGACAAGGAAAGAGAACGCGAUGGAGCAAAGAAGAGAAAAGGUAGUCCUGGGGCAUGUCUUUCCUCAUCAUCAUCUCCUCAUCUCUCCCUGCUGUCCUGUCCUGGAGUAAAUCCCCUGCAAUCAUCAGGAGCUGGACCCUACCUCAACACCAUGCCCUUCCCACCAGAGUAUUUGGCACAGCCAUCUGAGAGGAUGAAGAAAGAAAGAAAAACAAAGGCGCCUAAAAACAAGAAAGAGACCACGGGGAAGGUUGUUGCUCCUAUGGCUGCAAACUACCCAUCAGCCACUGCAGCACCUCCAGCUGCCAGCGGCCCCUUCAGCUGGGUUCCGAGGCAGAUGCUGAGUGGAGAUGCAGCUGAGGAGGAGGGGGACAGUGAUGGAGAUAGCGACAGGGGAGAGGAAGACAGAGGGGAGGGAGACGAGGCUGAGCUUGUCAUUGACAUCCCUAAUGAGUGACCCUUAGUAUGUGCUUAGGUGUAUUUAAUUGGAGUACAUGGAGGGGUUUACAUCUGUGUGCGGGGGAGGUUGAAGACAGAACUUUGGAAAAAAUGUGUUUCUGUACAGAAUGGCAAAUCCCUCAAUGGAAAGGAGAGCCCAGCUCCCCCAUGUGGAUUCAGGCUUAACUGCAGUCUAACUGUCAAAAAAAGGUCGGUUGAAAGGUUGUUAUUGUCCAGGGCUUGUUGAAUCAAUUGUUUUACAGCUUGCCAUUUCCCUCUGCACAGCUUCAUCAGACACUGAGUUUAAGCAGGCCUGUCCUUCACAGAGAUUCUUUUUCCGUCUUUUCCAUCCACCAGAACAGGCCUUGGUACUGUAGUCCAUUUAUUUGUUUUGAACUUUUAUAUAUAUAUUUUUGCCUACUUUCCAACCCUAAUAUGUAUCAGAAAAAUAGGAUCAGAUUUUCCUCUCAUUAUGAAUAUGUAUUUUCUCUGAGCCCAUGAAAGUUUUGUCAUUAAAAUGUAUCAUUUUACCUUACUAAAGGUUUUUAUUGAAAAUUAAA